UGACUCGUUAGCUGCGCUUUAUUUACGCCGAGAAGCUUGAAAAGGGACGUGACGGCGGCCGUGGAUCAUCACUCGAAGAUGGCGCUGGCGGGGCCGUUCAGCCUAGCCGCGCUCUUGCUGUGCCUGGCCGGCGCGGCGGCGCACUCCAUCCAGGUUCACCAUGUGACGUUCGAGAAUUUCGAGGGCCAGGAGGUGCCGGUCACCGUGAUGGUGGACGAGCUGCGGCAAGUCGCAGUGGUGUCGCCCGUCAACGACGACCAGGGAUCCACCAGCCUCUAUGACUUCGACCAGCGCGUGGUGGCGCACCGGAGCAGCGCCAGCGCCGAGUGUUUCCUGGAGCGCAUUGAGGACGACUUCUACGAGCAUGAGAGUCGGCUGCAGGCCAUCCACGAACAGGCGGCGAACGAGCUGACCAGCACGCUCUACACCUGGAACGUCAACCUCACGGACGUGGAGACGGGAGACCAGGCCGGCGAGAAGGUGCAGCGCUUCUGUGCGGGCAUGACGGCUACCUGGCUAUCGCCCGAGAGGCCGGAGCUGCUCGAGUUCGACGGCAUCGAAUACCCGAUCGGUGUCCAGGACGAGCCGGCCGCCUCUGCGCAGAUCUCCUACCGCAGCAAGAGGAGCGCUAACACGUGGGGAGGCCAGUCGCAGUCGGCAUGGAGCCACUACGGGCGCGGCUCCGGCUCCAGCAACGCCCUGGCCACGCCGAAGCGUGCGCAGGCCGCAGUCGGUGGGUGAAGCGACCGCUCGUGCCGACGGCAGUG